AUGCCGGGUGAUGAGAAGGACUAUGGCGCGGCCAUCAACAACCUCAACCGCGAUGUUGAAAUGUCUGGCACAGAGGCUGCCCCCUCUCAGCCCAUUAAAUCCCUAGGGGAAGUGGAAUCACAAGCGAGCACUAUCCAACCAGGAGCCGUUGUCGUUCCUCGCUCAGAGCGCCGAGGUCUGCUAGGUCGGUUCUCAGUCAUUCCUGAGAUCACCUCCCCACGGGACUAUGGCAAUGGAACGAAAUGGGCGAUGACAGUGAUCGUCAGUUUUGCUGCUGUUACAUCAUCCACGGGCUCAUCUAUCUUCUACCCGGCCCUGGCUGAGGUAGCGGACGACCUAGAUACGACCCCGACUGUUGCUAACCUGUCACUGGCGCUAUACUUGCUCGCUAUGGCUUUCACCCCUAUCUGGUGGUCUGCUCUGUCCGAGAAGCAUGGACGGCGAACGAUCUACCUCCUCUCUUUUUCCCUCUUCCUGGUUUUCUCUUGCAUCAGUGCCGUUAGUGUCAACAUCACAAUGCUGAUUGUUUUCCGAGUCCUCAGUGGCGGAGCCGCAGCUUCUGUCCAGUCUGUGGGGGCGGGAACCGUUGCCGAUAUCUGGGAUCCGAAAGUGCGUGGCAAAGCCAUGGGAGUCUUCCAGCUCGGUCCUCUCUGUGGACCUGGCCUGGCGCCCGUGAUUGGUGGUGCUUUGACUCAGGGUCUCGGCUGGCGAAGUACCCUCUGGUUCCUCACCAUUUUUGGCGGUGUGAUGCUGGUGCUUAUUUUCCUAUGUUUGCCGGAGACUAUUGCAAAGCGUGAGCCAAAGCCGAAGACCGAAGAUCAGAUCAACACGAACAUCGUUGUCAAGAUAUUCAUGGCCGUCUUUGGUCCUUUCAAGGCGCUGGCCUUGCUCCGCUUCCAGCCCGUCAUCGUUGUAAUCUGGUCCGGUGUCAUCGCCUUCUUCACCAUGUACAUCAUGAACGUCUCGAUCCAAGCUGUUUUUGAGAAGCCUCCCUACAACUUCACCAUUCUGGAGGUGGGUCUUGUAUACCUGGCACCGACAAUCGGGUACGCCAUCUCGUCGAUUUUUGGUGGUCGCUGGAUCGACUACAUCAUGGUUCGUGAGGCGACUAAGGCCAAUCGAUACGAUGAGAACGGAAAGCUCAAGUACUUCCCCGAGGACCGGAUGAGAGAGAAUAUCUGGGUGGCUUUGACACUAUACCCAGGCGCGUUGAUUUGGUAUGGCUGGACCGCUGAAAAAGGUAUCCAGUGGGCGGUCCCCUGUGUCGCCUCUAUAUUCUUUGGACUCGGCAUGAUGCUGGUCAUGGGCACUGUGCAGACCGCUCUGACGGAGUUCACUCCGAAGAAAGCAUCUAGCGGUGUCGCCGUGGCAAACUUUGUCCGAAAUGUCCUCGCAUGUACGGGAGCUGUCGUCACUCAACCCAUGCUCGACGGUAUCGGCAAUGGAUGGAUGUGUACUAUGAUUGGUCUGAUCGCAUUCGUGACGGGUAUUCUGGCCAUUCUUUCUCUCCGCAUCUGGGGUCCCCAGUGGCGAGUACUGAUGGACCGAAAGUUGAAUGCCCCAAAGCCGUAG